CACAUUUAGAAGCUAAGUGUGGAGUCGCGCUUGGGGUGGCUUCUAGGACAUUUGAUUCCACGUAGCAACAAAAAAUCAAUCAUUGCAAAAGCCGUGAGAUGUUUCAGUAAUAAAUUAUAGAAAAAAAAUUGGAAAGUAAGUGUAAGUUUUGUAUAAAAGGAAAGCCAAUCCUCAGACCAAUCAUCAGUUUAUCAAGCUCUUCCGAAAAAACCACUUGAUUGCAAGUAAAAUGAAAUUCGUUAUUUGUGCAUUUUUACUGGCUGUAGCUAGCACCACCGCUUCACCUAGCACCACCGCUUUACCUCCGAACAACGUUCUACAAGGUGCAAAACCUGUGCUACAAUCAAUAUUUGGCUCGAUUGAAUAUUUGACAGGCGAAAAACCCACAGACCUUUGCAAUAAUUUGAUACUUCUCGUCAAAGCUGAAUCUGCUGUUCUUCAACAACGUCUUGAAGUAUUAGACAAUUUCGGUGUAAUUAAUCCAGAGAUUUUAGAACUAACAACGGAUUAUAUUUCUGACCUCAAAGCUAUUCUACUUAAACUAUUAACAAAUGCAUGUGAACUCGCCAACGCCAAUUUUUAGUUUUUGCAUUUUCUUCUUCUGCUCAAGUGUUACAUCAGCCAGUAAAUCGCAGUUGUUAAUAUUGUUGAUACCGUUGCCGCAUAAAUAUCCCAUAUUGGACCCAGAAUCUUUGAAACUAAAUAUUCCAGAAAAACAGGGAUUGGUGUGAAAGGCGAACACAUAGAUAGCUAACACAAUUCUAUGGUUUACUGUGUAUUCAAUUGCACAAUAAUUACGUUCAAACCAUUUAACGUCAUUCGCAUGCACACAAUUUGGAUAAUGGAUUUUUAUUAUUCAUUUCAUGUA